ACUGUACUUUUUGCUUGUGUUUCAUUUACACUUUUAUUUAUUCGAGGCGGAUGUUAUUUGUGUUAUGUUUCAUUCAUGAUCUUCCUAGAGCUGUAUCGAGCGAUUGAUUGAUACACAUACCAUGCGUAUGCGAGUUCAAGUGUUUCUAAGAAAAGCACCAUGUGGCCAUGGGGAAUCCUAGUUCUUCUUACAUGUUUUAGCUUUCAGCUUUUAUGAGUACAGAUGUAAAGCCACGCAGAGGAUAAGUACCUGGUACUUGAGUUAUUGCAACUAGGGGAAGGCCCGAUUGGUUUUGCGAAAUCUGUUUUGAUUUGUCCAAGUCAGACUUUGUUAUAUAUAAAUAGUGACAGCGUAAGUAGUUAACCACGACUUUCAUUUUCACGACGAGGACUGUAGUGAUUCAUGAUAACGUAUAGAUCGGUUUUAGCGUGUUAGGUGAAGUUUUAUACGAGGUUAUGCAAACUUAAAGUCUGAUAAAACAUUCAAUCAACACAAACAUAUAACUGUGUAUUAUUAACUUUUGAAGUGCCAUUUUUUAUUUAAUCGCGUCUUUGGUUAUUAAAUCUUCUUUUUAAUGCCAGCAUUCAACAAAUGGCACACGGAGGCGUCGGAUGUACAGAGUCAGAGACUGGAUACAACAGCGUGUACAGUCGUCACUCUCGGAAUUAUGUGGAAAGUGUGUCCGUGGAGAUCAGCAGUAUAAUGACCCGGCUGGGGUACGGCGAGGAGAUUAGACGAUGGCGAGCUGAGAAAUACCGGGAGAAUGAUAGGCUGUGGAAUGCACGAUUACGCGAUGAAACUGUUAUCACAGCUGGCAGCAAGGCAGAGGGGUUGACCCGCGCGCAUGAAAGCGACCUGGACGUAUUAAGCGUGUUGAACGGUGUUCUCUGUGUUGAAGCUGGUAUCAAUCUAUACACCAUACCAGAGAACAUAGAUGUGUUUAAGAUGGAUACACGCGUAUAUCCAGGACACUGCAGACUGUUACAAGAGAGACCAGCAAAUUCACGCUUGUGUCUAAUUAACAAUGCUCUGUGUGAUGAUGGAUAUGGAGACGUUCUAUUAUGUAGUAGUUUAUUCCUAGAUGAAUGUUCGGCAGCAGCAUAUAAAUUGCCAUCAGUGUCGUAUCACGAAAGAGCGGGACCAUCGAUGCCGAUGUCAUGUUAUGACAUAUUUCAUAAGGAUAGAGUAGCUGCACUACGUUGUCUCUACCCCAGCAUCUUACAAAAAUGGUCUGCGAGACCACGAUAUUGGCCUCCACCCAUCAUAGUUAAGAAAGUCGUAUCAUUAGGAGCCUAUGUAACCCCAGUUGGAUUUAGGCAAAGUGAAUAUAAACACAUAGAGUGGAGGAUUUGUUUCAACACUGGUGAGGUAGAACUUGUGAACAACCUUAAUGAUACACAAACAAAAAUUUAUGUUAUUCUCAAAAUGAUUGUCAAAGAUAUAAUGAAACCAAAAAAUAAAGAAAUAACAUCGUACUUGGUGAAAAAUAUCAUAUUAUGGCAAGCAGAAAACACCCCACAGACAGAGUUUCAUGAACGAAGCUUACUUCACUGGCUGCAUGACGGGCUUAGAGAGCUUAGGACUGCUAUUGAGAUAAAACAACUUCGAUAUUACAUGAUUCCGGAUAGAAAUUUAAUGGCGGCCUGUGGUUUGGGGGAUGCGCAGCAGCAUAAAUGGGUAGCAGAUAUUACGGAAAUGCUGGGGGAAGGCCCCAGAGUAAUACUGAGAUUGCCGAAGAUACGAAAGGCCAUUGUUGCGUCCCCAGAGCCGAUGUUGUGGUUCAGCAAGAAAAGGAUGGCCGCGGAGAUGCUGGACCUGUUGGGGAUGAAUAGAAGAGCGCAAUGUAUGGAUCAGAAUUGGGUGUUGGAUGACUCGGAUUGCAUCCUGAAUGCAAUACGGAUACGCUCUAAGGAGAUAUAUAUUGAGUUAGCACAACGAAUGCUUCAGGAGGGCAGUUCUGUGAUGAGUUUUUGUUAUUUGUUAAAUCUUUUAAAAUGAGUAUUCAUGUCGUAAUGAAACACAAACGACACAAAUUAUGUCUGUAUCAUGGCUGGCUUAAUGGUCAUACAUUCUCUUGACAAAAUGCAGAUUUAAAUUAUCACAUCAACGGCUUAUGUGGUAUUAUAUUUUCAAAAUGUGUUAUCUUGUAUGCAGCAUUUAUGACAUGGAUGCUAAACUCAUAGUUCACGUAUUUGUGAACGUUAAUUUAAGUUUCAUUUUUCAAAUAAAUGUUGUCCCGGAGUUGAGCGUGCGUAAGAAAAUUAAGAAGGUUUUAAUUAUAAUAGUAAAAAGGAUAAUGUUAUUUCUGACUCUGGAUUGUAAUUAUAGUUUAAAUAUAGGACUCGUCCGCUGUAUAGCCUUAGAGGGGCACAUCGAUGGCUUAUAAAGCAUGAUAUUUUCGCACAUAUAGGCUAUCGUUUAUGCAGAAUGUAUUUAAUGGAUGCAACACUCACAGUUCUCGAGUGUUAAAUGCUUAUUCAAGCCUUAUUUAAAGCGUGCGUGAGAAAAUAAGAAGUAUUGUGGUAUUUCUGACUCUGAGGUGUUCUUGUAUUUCAAAUAUUAAACUCGAUCGCUACUA